UACGGCUAAAAAAUACGCGAGUUCAUUAUGAAUCAUAGACUGUCGGGCUAACCAAUAUCUUUUCUCUCCAGUAACCCUAAAAUCGAUUGACACAACUACACAAGUAGGCAGUCUAUUUUCAAGACGAUUUUCUCAUUCGAGUUAGACUAGAGGACUCGAAAUUAUUAUUUUAUGUAAAAGCUUUUUUUUUUUUUUAACUCAUCCCAUUCAUUCUUGUAAUCCUUUUCCUCGUAUUUACAGACAGUGUAAAAGCUUGGCAGACAUCCUCAACAAGAUAAAUAUUAGGCAUGGCUACUGCUGACCCAGCUUCAGCUACCGUUGGGCCACGGUAUGCUCCAGAAGACCCAACCCUUCCCAAACCAUGGACAGGACUGAUUGAUGGAAGUACAGGUCUUUUAUAUUACUGGAAUCCUGAAACCAACAUCACGCAGUAUGAAAAGCCCCCAUCUGUGCCGCCACAGAUGCCUCCUGCUCUACCUCCUAAUGCUUCUACGCCUAAGUUGGCCCAGAUACCCAUGGCACACUCAUCGCAACCAAAUGGCUUGGUGUCUCAAGCUGCACAACAGACUAUGCAAGCAUCACAGCAACAAGGGCAACAGAUUAGCCAGUUGCAUCAACAAUAUGGACAGGUAACUUCACAACAGCAGGGUCCCCAAGUAGUGCAGCUUUCUAACCAGCAGGGUGCACCACAGCAAGGUUCACAGUUGUCACAGGCCAUUCAACAACCGGCGCAGUUGAGAUCAAUGCAGCAUCCAGUUCAGCAUCUGCUGUCCCAUGCAGGGCAGCAAAUGCCUCAACAAGGAGGUCAGCAGGUGCCCCAGCAGGUAGGGCAGUACAUUAUGCAGCAUCAAAGCUUGCAAAUGCCACAACCACAAGGACAUCAGUAUGCAUAUCAGCAGCCAAUGCAGUACAUGACAUAUCAGCAAAACAUGCUUCCACAGGGCCAACAAAGCUCGCAGCAGCAGGCACAUCUUAGUGCACAAGGGUUGCAAUUUCCUAAUCAACAUGAAUAUAAGGCAGCGUUGCCAAAGAGAGAGGAAGUUGAGUUCCAGCAAGGAAAUCAAACUGGGUUUUCUCCAACUCGGUUUCAACAGACUGGUGGAUCAUCCUCUCAAAACCUGUCUUCUGCUGGAAGCAAUCCGGUUUGCAUGCCGCAUUCUGGUGUUCAGUUGGGUCAGGCUCAGCAGUUUGGUAGCUCUUCUGUUAAUAUUCAACAUCCUCCUUCCAUGGUUCAGAUGCAGCAAAUUGGGACUGAUUUUCAUCAGCAGCAUGGUCCUAGGUUUCAAAAUCAUAUGGGUCCCUCAGUGAUGCACAAUCAGCAGUCUAAUCUGCCCCCUGCUGGGUUAAAUAUGGGUUAUGAGAACAAUGCACGUGGUAGGUCUGGCAAUGAUCAUUAUAUUAAUGCUAAAGUGGAAGGGCCUGUGAUGAGUCCCCAUCAGCCUGAGUUCAUAGCUAUGUCCAGGGCAAGAAAGCAGCAGGAUUCAAGGACGGGGAGUGUUCCAUUUCAGAAUGUCGGGCCUGGUCAUGGCAGCGGAUUUAAUACAGAUGGGCAUCCCAACCAUAAUAUGUAUAGUCAUGCAACCAGUGGUCCGCCUUUUCCAAACAAUGCAUUGAUGAGACCCUCUUUCAUAGAAACUGCAGACAUUUCUAACCUCUCGCCUGCUGAAGUUUACCGCCAGGAGCAUGAAGUCUCAGCUACGGGUGACAAUGUUCCUGCCCCAUUCAUGACUUUUGAAGCCACUGGUUUCCCUUCGGAGAUAUUACGAGAUAUACAUUCCGCUGGAUUCGUAUCUCCAACACCAAUUCAGGCACAAACAUGGCCAAUUGCGCUACAAAGUAGGGAUAUAGUGGCCAUUGCCAAAACUGGUUCCGGUAAAACAUUGGGUUACUUGAUUCCUGCCUUCAUUCUUCUUCAACAACGAAGAAAUAAUGCUCAGAAUGGACCUACAGUGUUGGUCUUGGCUCCAACCAGGGAGCUUGCCACGCAAAUACAAGACGAGGUGAUGAAAUUUGGUCGAUCUUCUAGGGUCUCUUGCACGUGCUUGUAUGGUGGAGCUCCAAAGAUUCCUCAACUGAAAGAAUUAGAAAGGGGAGCAGAUAUAGUUGUGGCAACACCUGGUCGACUCAAUGACAUCCUUGAAAUGAAAAGGAUUGACUUUAGGCAAGUUUCACUCCUUGUGCUUGAUGAGGCUGAUCGAAUGCUUGACAUGGGAUUUGAGCCUCAGAUCCGUAAGAUUGUGAACGAAAUACCUCCUCAAAGGCAAACACUUAUGUUCACUGCAACCUGGCCAAAAGAAGUGAGGAAAAUAGCAAGUGAUCUUCUUGUUCAUCCUGUCCAGGUGAACAUUGGCAGUGUUGAUGUGCUUGCUGCCAACAAGUCAAUCACACAGUAUGUUGAAGUGGUCCCACAAAUGGAAAAGGACCGGCGCUUGGAGCAAAUCCUUAGAACACAAGAGAGAGGUUCCAAGGCUAUCAUUUUCUGCUCUACAAAGAGAUUGUGUGACCAGCUUGCACGGAGUAUCGGACGGAACUUUGGAGCCGCUGCAAUCCAUGGAGACAAGUCUCAAGGUGAGAGAGACUGGGCUUUAAACCAGUUCCGGAGUGGAAAAUCUCCAAUUUUAGUUGCCACUGACGUUGCUGCCCGCGGUCUUGAUAUCAAAGACAUAAGGAUUGUUAUCAACUACGACUUCCCCUCUGGGAUUGAGGACUAUGUUCACCGAAUUGGUAGAACUGGGAGGGCUGGUGCAACUGGGGUGUCAUACACCUUUUUCUCAGAGCAGGACUGGAAAUAUGCAGCUGACCUGGUUAAACUGCUGGAGGGAGCUAAUCAGCAUGUGCCUGUAGAGGUGCGAGAGAUGGCGUUGCGUGGUGGACCUAGCUUUGGGAAGGAUCGAGGAGGGUUGAACCGUUUUGAUGCUGGCAGGGGUGGUGGGCGGUGGGCUUCUGGCGGCCGUGGUGGGAUGAGAGAUGGUGGCUUUGGUGGUCGUGGUGGGAUGAGAGAUGGUGGCUUUGGUGGCCGUGGUGGGAUGCGGGAAAACAGCUUUGGGGGACGUGGUGGGAUGAGGGAAAACAACUUUGGGGGACGUGGUGGGAUGAGGGAUGGGAACUUUGGGGGACGUGGUGGGAGAAACGACUUGUUUUCUGGGCGGGAAAACAGGGGAAGGGGAUUUGGUGGCUCUGGUGGUGGUCAUGUUGGUUGGGGUAGGAAUGAUCGAGGCCAUGAUCGUCAUGGUUACAUGGAUGGCCGUGGACGUGGUCAUGGAAGAUUCGAUGGUAGAAGGGAUAUGACUGAAAAGAGUAGGGGCAGAAGUUUCAGUCGAAGCCCUGAUAGGGCUCGAACACGAGGUUAUAGCCGGAGCCGGAGUAGGAGUCGGAGCUGGACCAGAAGCCGAAGCCGAAGCCGCAGCCGCAGCCCCCGACACAGCCGCAGCCGCAGCCCCAGCCCCCGACAUAGCCGCAGCCGCAGCGGCAUCCGCGGCCAUAGCCCUCAACAUUCCAGUAGUCACAGCCGUAGCCCUCGAAGGAGCCCUGAUUAUGAUAGAUUUGAAAGGCCUCGAGAAAGAAACAUUGAUGAGAAGGAUAUGACAGUUCCAGAAUUGAAGGCUUCAGAACAAGAAAUGUCUCCAAUGUCACCAGGCACACAUGGUAAUGCAUUUUCUGGAGCAGAGCUGCUGCCAGCCACUGGGAGUGCUGAGCCAGUGCAACAGGAGGCUACAGGAGAUCCAGGGCUUCCUUCAGUUGCUGAAGCUUGAGAUGUGAAACAAUUUACUUCAGUAUUUGAGCGGAGAAUCCUAGUUUUAGUAAUCAAAUGGUUUUGGUGGCCCCGACUUGACCCAUUGCUGGUUUCUCUGGGAAUUGGUAUGGUAGCAGCGACUUCAGGAUCAGCUGCCUCGGUGAACAAAAUCAAUCAAACUUGUCGUAUUUUGCAUAUUGGGUCAGAAUGUUGCUUAGCUGAGCUUCAAUUUGGCACCCUUUGCCGAAGGGUGAGUUCAUCCUCAUUUUUAUCUCGCCAUUGUAGAGACUAUUAUGAACGUCUUGUUGGGGGUAUGAUGUGUACUGCUUGGAUGAGUUAGUUAUGUGUUUUCAUUUACUGACAAUUCGUGAGUUGAAUAUCAAUAUUUGAAAGAGUUAUCAGAUUCAAGAUAAAUUCUUUUGUCCUA